GGAGAGGCGCCGUUUGCCCCGAGCCCUAACCCUGUGUGCCGGAGGCCUUCACCCUUUUCCACCAGGCGAGCGUCUAGGAGGGAAUGGCUGCUGUGUCUCUUACCACCAGAUGCCAGGCCCCGGUGACAUUUGACGACGUGGCUGUGGUGUUCACGGAUGAAGAGUGGCGGCAUCUGGUGCCCAGUCAGCGGGAUCUCUACAAGGAGGUGAUGCUGGAGAACUACCAGAGCAUGGUGUCCCUGGGGCUUCCGGUUCCACAACCUGCUGUGAUUUUUCAACUGAAGCGAGGGGAUGAGCCGUGCAUAGCAGAUCUCCAUGGGCCUGAGGGAAAAGAAUGGCCAGAGGACAUCCACCCAGACUGGGAGACUGAGCUCCAGGAGACCUCAGAGGAAGAACAGUCAGAAGGCAUAUUGAGGGCAAGGUUGGGACGACGGAGUCCUCUGUGUCCUAAACUUGAAAUUCAAGUACCAGAGGGUGCGUCGGACACUGGGAAGAGAAGCUCUGUGGUGGACAGUUGCAAGAAAUCCCUUUCGCAGGAGAAAAACUUAAGGCAGGGGUCAGCCGCACCCAAGAAAGUCGUCGCUAAAGAGAGAGAUCAGGAAUGCAGUGACUGUGGCAAGACCUUUUUUGACCACUCGUCCCUCACCCGCCAUCAGAGGACGCACACUGGGGAGAAGCCGUACGACUGUCGGGAAUGCGGGAAAGCCUUCAGUCACAGGAGCAGCCUGAGCAGACACCUGAUGUCCCACACCGGGGAGAGCCCCUACGAAUGCAGCGUGUGCGCCAAGGCCUUCUUCGACCGCUCCUCCCUGACCGUGCACCAGCGCAUCCACACCGGAGAGAAGCCCUUCAAGUGCAGUGAGUGUGGGAAAGCCUUCUUCGACCGGUCAUCGCUGACGCGGCACCAGAGAAUCCACACUGGAGAAAGCCCGUACGAGUGUCGGCAGUGCGGGAAAGCCUUCAGCCAGAAAAGCAUCCUGACUCGUCACCAGCUCAUCCACACGGGCAGGAAGCCUUAUGAGUGUACCGAGUGCGGGAAGGCCUUCUACGGCGUCUCAUCCCUCAACAGACACCAGAAAGCCCACGCGGGGGAGCCGCGCUACCAGUGCAGCGAAUGCGGCAAAGCUUUCUUCGACCGCUCAUCCCUUACGCAGCAUCAGAAGAUCCAUACGGGUGACAAGCCGUACGAAUGCAGCGAGUGUGGGAAAGCCUUCAGCCAGAGAUGCCGGCUGACGCGGCACCAGAGGGUUCACACGGGAGAGAAGCCCUUCGAAUGCAGCGUGUGCGGGAAAGUCUUCAGUUCAAAGUCGUCCGUGAUUCAGCAUCAGCGGCGGUACGCCAAACAGGGCAUAGACUGAGAGGGGUGACGCUUGUGUCGGUCUUCCCCAUCCUCACCGGGGAUGUCCUGCGCGCCUUCCAGCCACUCUGGCCACGCUGCCGAUCUCCGGUCCCGCCUCUGCUUGGAAUAAACACUAGAUCUGCUGUGGCCUAUGGCCUGGAUGCGGGUUGCCAGGAAGGAGGCAAUGAAAGGGUCACACUUAGGAGGGGUCUGUCGCAGAGGUCAGGAGGAGACCCUGGGCCACACUGUGAGUCUGAGAGCCCGGGUCCCAGGGUGUCGCACUGCACUUUAAACAGCUGCAGGCUGCAACGAGAGGAGAGCGCAGGAGGACACCAGGGCGGCACUGUCGGGUUUCUUCCUCAGAAGAGUUUGCGUUUAGAGCCUUUGGUUCCUCUCUCUGCAGGCACUGACAUUGCUGUCUGUGUCCCAGCUUGUAGAUCUCUUACAAUUACUACUAACUAGCUAGCACUUAUCAGGGUGUCAACACUCAGCUACGAGUUUUAGAAGGAACAGGUUGAUUCUCUGUCCUAGGAAGGGAACAACUGUCCCUCUGUUUUACAGAAGAGCCCGUUCAGAGUCAGUAACUUGCCCGAGGUGACAUAGCUAGUGAAGGUCAAGCCAGGUCUCAAAUACAGUUCUACCUUCAAAAUAUAUUCUCUGUCAGGUUUAUUUAUUUCAUAAUCUAUGUACAUGUAUUAUCUCUUCGACUAGAUGGGAAGCACUUGGAGCUGUGACUUUCAGGUCUUUGUAUCUCAUACAGUGCCUUGCAGAUAAUAGGUGCUCAAUAAAUAUUUAUCUGAACGCAUGGAUGUUCAUUUUUACAUUCGGAACACCUCUUGGAUUCCUAUUCCUUCUCCGAGUUUUUAUAGCCCUGUCUUAUUAGCAGGGGUCACUUCCCAAUUCUGGGUCUUCAUCGUUCAUUAUUGAAGAGGCAUUGACUGAGCUAGGAUGCAGACACCAGCUCCUAAGUGAACACGUCU